AUGCAAUUUAUCGAAUCGUACGUGUCCAACAAUCAAGGCCUCCGGCUUGGCGUCGUCGGCUUCCUCGCUAUCCUAGGAGAAGGUUCCGUAGAUACAAUUGCCCAAGUCGCUACGCUAAGCUAUCUCAUCUACCUCCCUCGCCUCAUUCCUGCGCCGCAGAUCUUCAUUAGACCUUCGCGGCCGGAGAAAUUUCAGACCACUGCUGGUGCAAAAGUAAUCGGUGUCCAUUCGGGUAAUACUGGAGAAGAUAUUCACCAUGUCGCCCACGCCUUGCACCGCGGAGACAAGUUGAACGCCAACACUGUCAGCUGUAUCCGGGUGAAGGAAAAUGACAAGCCUCGUCCAUCGAUCAACAGAUUUGGUCCAUUAGCAUUCCUGGCCAUUUUGGGAACGGCAUUGACUUGUGCCUUGUUGGGGCUGUCGAUUCACUACGAGGACGGCAUGUCAUUGUUGGCUACUCUUCUGCUUUCUGCUCUGAGUACCGUUACUGGUGUUGCCAACAAGUGGAAACCGACACCAAAUGACCCCAAGCCCGACCCUCAUUCCCCGCCUGGGAACGUUGUCAUCAAAUAUCCCCAGGGAGCCUUUAUCGUGGUGUCGUGCCAGGAGCGAACCGCCCGCUACCUCUAUUUCAACUCUAGCGAGCGAUGCAUUUAUUCUGUCAAGAGUACGGCCAUCUACAGAGGACUCUCUUUGAUUUCAACCUUGUUACUCAUGGGUGGAGUUAUUUGCUUGGGCAAUGCUCGCAUCGAAACACAGACGGCAUUUGCUGGGUCCUAUAUGCUUAUUAGCAUCUUCUACUGGAUUGGCGCUGCUUUGCCUCCUGCUCAACACUGGGACCUUUCCCGGUUCGAGGUCGAACACAUUGAAGUUUCCGGGGGCACUCCCCCUAGAAACGCAAGGGUCGACAAUUACUCACCGACCUACACAGAAGCUUUGUGGAAAGCAAUUGCCGUCACAGGAACUAGCAACUGGGUCAAAGAUGCCGGUUGGGCGCCCAGAACUCCAGCUUGGAAUGACUGGCUUCAUGAAGCCGAGGAAGCAGCGCUCGGUGAACCCUUGAAGUCGAGUGCGAAAAUGGUUGAUGGGAAAGCAGUCGAGGUCUGGACGAUUCGCAAUUGGGACGGUAGAAAUGCCUUGUCAACUCUGCUACGAUCGACGACGGACAAAAUCCAGGCCAAAAAUUAA